GAGUCUAAAAAAUCGAAUUGCCCGUUAUCAGGCGAUAAGGGUUCGUGUCGUUUGAUUGAAAUUUAUUGCAAAUUGUACCCAAAAGAAAUUCGCCAGUCAAGAUGCCUGCACCUCAAGCUUUCUGGAGUAAGAAUAACGCCAAUACGAAGGCACUUACAACAAUUUGGAAGAAGGGUUCAAGACAGGAAGUUCUCCAUCCUCAAGAGGCCUCAUUUACACUUUGGCUUCAUUAUCGGGUGACAUUCUCCAUUCUUUUAAUCUGUGGGAUGAUGACAGCGUUCUACAGUUUUUUCGACACAUCAGACUCUGCAAUUCAAUGCUACAACGAUAGAAAUGAUAUAUUAUUGCCAGAGGAACUUCUUAACAGGUAUUGUUGGAUGAUGAGCACUUUCACCCUUCCAAAAUAUUUUGAUAACAAAACCGAAGAAAAAGUAUCCAUUUAUACGGGAGUGGGCCCCUUCACUGAAAAGGACGAGAAGAUUUACCACGCUUACUACCAAUGGGUUCCAUUGUUCCUCUUUUUUCAAUGCAUCUGCUUCUAUGCCUCGCAUGCCCUCUGGAAAUUUUGGGAGGGAGGCAAAUUUAAGAAAUUGAUUGCCAGCCUAGAAAUUGUCAGAAAGAACGAGAAUAAAGGGGCGGCGGGCAAAGAGGACAGCAAAACAAGGCCUUGCUUAAUACUUCUUAUUGAACAAUUGGAAAAAUUUGAGCUAACCGAAAUUGAAGAGGUUAAAGGAGUAUUAGCUCAAAUUGAUUUGCCAAUUUUGUACUUGGACUAUCAAAUACGUUUGGUCAAAACAGCAUUAUUCUACAUACAAUUGGCAAGAAGCGCAUUGGCUGACAGACUAUUGAGUGUUACAAAAUUGACCACAUCGGAAUUGCCCGAAAACAAAAUGGCUGAAAUAUCCUCGGCCCUAAGAGUAUUGGGCAAAAUAGAUUCGUUGUUAAGCGACUGGAUUGAAAAUGUUGAGGGUAACCCUUUCCCCCCGCAACAUAAUAAUCUGGUCUUUGCUGGCGUGGUGAAAAUCAUUUUGGAAUCCAUGACAGGCACACCUUUUGAAGACAUGGUGGCAGACAUUUGCGCGCUUCCACUUGAAGAACGCAUUCCUGCAAUGGAGCGCUACCUUUGCAAUGGAAAGCCAAUCAAUCUGAGACAAGUGGUGAAAUAUUUUAAAGGCAAGACGAUCGGUCAUACCGUGGUGAAAUAUCUUUUGGACGCCUUUAGCGACAUUGAUACCACAGCACUGAUGAAAUACAUCGAAGAGAAACCUAAGUGCAACUGUGCAAAAGGAGCCAAAUGCACCAGCAAAGAAGGCAUUGACGAGAAAUUGAAUUACACCAAAGAUGAAGUUAUGAAAUUCUACAAUUUGUCCCUGUUUCGACGAUUGUACAAGGACCAACGCUUCAAAACGAUUGGUUACUCCAUGGUGAAAUAUCUUGGGAAGCCCCUUUGCUACAUUGAUACCACAGCACUGAUGAAAUACAUCGCAGAGAAACUGAAAUGCAACUGUGCCAAUGGAGCCAAGUGCACCAACGAUGAAGGCAUUGACGAGAAAUUGAAUUUCACCGAAGAUGAAGAUAUGAAAUUCUACAAUUUGUCCCUGUUUCGACCGUUGUACAAGGACCAACGCUUCAAGACGAUUGGUUACACCGUGGUGAAAUAUCUUUUGGAGCCCCUUUGCUACAUUGAUACCACAGCACUGAUGAAAUACAUCGNAGCCAUUGGUGAUCCAGCUGCUGCACACAUUUGUUCCUCAUCCCUUUUUGAUGGUGCUAACCUGCAUGCCUCAGCCUCGGCCAACACCUCAUCAACAUAA